GCACCGGCCAAACGCCGCCGGCUGGAAACGGCGCUGAGAGGGCGGGACGCGGGCCCCGGCUCGGGCGGGCCGGCCGAGGGCCCCGGCUCCCCAGGCCCUGCUCCCGGUGCUGUGUGACGGCCAGCGAGGCCUGAGUGCUUGGGCGCGGAAGGUUAAGAAGCUACAGAGAGAAUUUUCCCCCAUUUUUUGCUGUGGACGGAGGUGAACCACGGCCUCGGAAAGAAUGGCCGGCAGCCCUGAGAAUAACGCCUCCCUCUCCAUUCAGAAAGUCACAUGUUCAGAAAGCUCCCAAGCAAAGAAGUCCCAGCAUGCAGAAGAAGCAAUCUUUUACAUGAACUGCCGAGCAGCUUACCUAACAGUUUUGAAAAGCAGUUUAGAAAAUAUUAAAUCAAAGGAACAACUCAGUCUCGUACUUCAACAGGCUGGAAGAAAUCCAUCUCAGAAGACAGUUAAUAAAUAUUGGACUUCACAAACCACUACACUGAAUUUUGAUGAUUUUUGUACUAUUUUAAAAAAAGAAAAACCGGCUACAAAAACUGAACUGCUGGAAGCAUUUGGAAAAAUAGACACAGAUAACACUGGAUAUAUUUUACAUGAUGAACUUUAUAAAAUUCUUACAACAAGAGGUGAAAAAAUGACGCGGGAUGAAGUGAGUGCCAUUAUUAAACAAGUGGAUUUUAACUGUGGUGGCAAACUUGACUACAACAAGUUUUGUGACUUAUACCUGACAACCAGUGAGCAGUGCUGCAAGACUGCGCGAGAGAAGCUGGAAGUUGACAGUCGGUUGAGGCAGCAGCAGUUUGGAAAUCAAACUGAAACUUCCUCUGAAGGGAUCACACCACCGGUGUCCAAACCAUCACCCAGAAUCUCGAGGAAAACCGAUCACAAACCAGCACCAGCAAAAGCUGAUAGCAGAACUCCUUCAAGACCAUCAUCAGCUCAAAGUUGCAAAGCAUCCGUUUCUACCUCUGUCAGCGUGGGUGCCGGUAGCAACAGAAACACAAAGCUAAUUGAGCCAGACACAAUGAAGGAAUGGCAGUGUGCACAGUCCAAAGGAUGCUUCUACUUAGAAGAAGAUGGUGAAAUCAUUAGUCACAAGUACAGGUUGCACUUACCUCAAAGGUCUGCAGUAUGUAUUACCAUCAAGCCUUUAAACCUUCGUCAGGUAGAAGGAAAAUCUUGUCAUUGGUUGUCAGUGGAUACAGCUUUGUAUAUUCUGAAGGAAAAUGAAACUCAAGAAAAUCUACAGCUUGUGAGCUUCACUGAACAACAAAACAAAGAGGUGUUUGGAUGGAAAGGGGAGCUUGGAUCAGGUGUUUACUGGCUACUCCCGUUCACAACAGGCUGUAGGUUGAAGAAGGUAAAAACACAAGUUACUGGAGAGGCAAAACUGGUGUAUAGAGGGGAAGAUGGAGAACUGGUUCUAACCAAAGAGUUCCGAGCGGCUUUAUUGGAUAUAUUUGAAACAAUUGAUUUGGAUGGAAAUGGCCUUCUGAGUUUGGAGGAAUACAAUUUCUUUGAACUGAGAACCAGUGGUGAGAAAUGUGAUGAGGAUGCAUGGGCUGUGUGCAAGGAGAAUUUUGAUAUGAAGAAGAAUGAACUAACAAGACAAGGAUUUAUGGAUUUGAAUCUCAUGGAAGCCAAUGACCGUGAAGGGGAUCCUAGUGACCUUUGGGUCACUUUAUUGUCUCUGGGCUACAAUAAAGCAUUAGAAAUGACAGAGGCGUGCCCUUUUGUCAUUGGCAUCUAUGCAGAAAAAUGCAAACCCAGAAUUAAAGCCAUAUAUCUGGAGGCAGGCGGCUGGCAACUCAACAGGGCUAUUUGCAAGUCUGUUGUUAAUAAAGGAGAGGCCAAAGUAAUGGAUGGCUGUGAAAACAUCAUCAUCUACACCUACAAAGCGGGCAGGAGAAUCACUUCUGUUAUUGAAAAUAAGUCUGACAACAAAGUGAUUAUUCACGUCAACAACGAGCAGAGUAAGAACUGCCUGAGUAACCGGGGACUGACUGUUUUUGCUGUAGAAGUGGCACCAAAGUCCAUGAUGGUUUCUCAGCACGUGAUGCCACUGAACGAGCAGGAAGAAUGGGUUUAUAAUUGUGUGCAUUCCCUCUUACGUUAAACAUUCCAGCUAGAGAGUCCUUCAGACUAAACCAGGACUUUAUUCUGGUAGUUUCUGGACAAUUUAUAGUCUUUCCCCUCUCAAAAAGCUGGCAUGCGUUGGUGCUUCCCAAGGUUUGAUUUGUUAAAGCCAAUGAAUCACUUAUUUCUGGUAUCACACUUCUGCUAAUGGCUUUUAAGAAAUGUAUAGUGAUAACAUAGAGAUGGAAUAACUGUAAGUAUGUAAUAUCCUCUGACAGGCUGUUCCUCAUCCGCUGUCUAACCAAAUACUUUGACAUAAAAACAUUGAGACACAGUAAAAAUUAGCACUGUUCAGUAACAAGGCUGACAGUUGUCAUGUAAUUGUGUUUUAUAAAGCCUAGUUUUCCUAGGUAUGUGCUUAUUUUCUGUGACUUGUAAAGUAGUUCCAGCACGUGCUGGAACUGUUUCACUGAGAAAAAAUUUGCUUUAUUAAAUUGGUCUGGUGGGUUCCUAAUUAAACACUAUUGUAGUUUUGACAUGAGACGUAUAAAGGGGAGGGGUUAAUGAUUUUAUAUUGCCAUCUCAUAAAGGAUUUGGUUUUAUUUUUAAAAAUUUUAUUUGCUUUUUAUGUCAUUUGAUAAUACUCAUCUUACACUUGUUCUGAAUAGUUACUGACUGUUUUUAUGCUCUUUUUUAUAAAUAAAGUCUGCCUUUUAAUAUGUGA